AUGUCUGCAGUGUCCAAAGGCGCUGCCGUCGUCGCUUCUAGCGGGGCUGCGCCCACAGAACCGAAUGCGGAUACCCCUCCUGCACAGACUUCAGCGCCUGCUGAGCCUAGCCAACCAGCUGCCACGCCAACUCCAGCUCCAGCGCCAGCUCCCACGACUUCAAUCGAAACGAGCUCUUCGUCUUCGGAUCCUCCGAUUAUACCCACAACAAGUGAACCAAUUCCUACCACGAGCACCACGAGCAGCAGCAGCAGUAGUAGCAGUAGCAGCAGCAGUAGCAGCAGCAGCACUAGCGCUCCCCCGGCCGAACCUACUACAUCGACUCCCGAGCCUGCACCCAUUCCAUCGACUUCUUCCACUACUUCGACUUCUUCCACUUCUUCCACCACGACUGCGCCCACCACCAGUGCUGCGCCUGAGACGACAACGCUUUCCUCGACUUCAAGUGGUUCUCGGGGAACUACCGUGGUUAUCAUUACAACUACUGGACCCGCGGCUACCGACCCUGGCACCUUAUCUACUGGCUCUUCCGCCGCAACCAAUACAGCGGCACUUGCAACCUCCACCGAAGCAGCAGGCUCCGGCGGUCUCUCUCCUGGUGGCACAAUUGCCGUCGCAGUUGUUGUGCCCGUUGUCUCGGUGGCAUUGAUCAUUGUGGCACUUCUCUUUUUCUGGCGCAAGCGCAAAGCGAACAAGGCGGCAGAGGAGGAGCGCCGCAAAGAAGUGGAGGAAUACGGUUUCAAUCCCAACAACGACCCAACCCUGCCCGGCGUGGCAGGCAUUGUGGGUUCCAAGGACGACAAUUCCUCCGGCUACCGCGGCUGGGGAACCACUUCUGCUGGACGCAAGGCGUCCACCAACCUCUCCAGUGGAAUGGGCGGCCUCGCCAUGUCGGAGGGAAGCAGCCCCGGUUAUCACCACGGUGCCACGCCCAGUGAAGGCACCGUUCAAUAUUCCGACGGUACCCGGCCCGACUCUGGCGAAAUCGUCGAGCCCAUUGGUGUGUUGGGUGCUGCCCCGAUGGCUGCAAAUAACCGGAAUGGCGAUAUCCACCGCGGCCCGUCCAAUGCUUCUUCCGCUUAUUCCGCAGCCAAUCGUUCCGAGGCAUCGGAGGAAAGUCACAUGUCUGCCGCACACCCUUCGGGCGGUUACUACGGUGAGAACCCGUACUACGGCGACAUCAACACACACGGGGCGUACGGUGGUGACGAAUAUCAGCCUGUGAUCCGCGAUGUCCAGGCGCGCCGUAAUACCCGCAUCGAGAAUCCCGGUGUCUAUCCCCGACAAGGGAAUGCCGGAAUCGCACAGAACUUCUGA